GAAAUGUUGAACAAACUUUUUCUGCUGUAAUAUGAGGAACCUGGGCAUUUUGGAUUACUUCCUUACGACUGUUACACCUGCUGUACAAAAAUACUUUUUGAACCAAUACCUUUAGUUAGCUGUUCUUAACUUUGACUCUCUGUAAGAAAGGACACUGACUGUUUUCCCCCAAGUUUACAUUGAUAGCUCCAAAUUGUCUGUCUUUCAAAGCAGCACACUUUCUCAUUUAAAGGCCUUUGUAAGCUAUCUAGUGACUUUGUGCUUGAAAUGUUACUAUGCAAAUUUUUUUGUAUAGCACUGUUUUUUAAAGAAGAUAAGCAUACUCUGCACAAUUUGCUUGUUCUUUAAGCCAAGGUGGUUUAUUGGUAUCACUUCUUCUUAACUCCAAGCAAGAAUCUGUACAAUAUUGCCCAUCUUAAGGCCAAACUGUGCCACCUUUAGUUAUACUGGGCCCUGAAUUGCAACCAUUACCACUUUACUCAAGUAAUUUGAUACAUUCCAUUAGUAAAACCUAGAAAUGUGCUCUCUAGGUUAAAUAAAGGUGGAACAAAUUAGCCUUAAGUAUUUUUUUUUAAUAACAAUGCUUCUCAUAAUGACUAUAACUUUUUUCCUCUUCUUGUAGAAGAUAAAUGGCUUUUUCCAAAGAAAUAUAUAAGGAAAAAAAUGACUGCAUUUGUAGAAGGGAAAUUUUGUUCUUGUGUUUAGAAAACUAAUAUAUUGCAAUUUGAUUGUAUUAAAAUUCACUUUCAUGAGAUCUAUACUUUGAUUAGUUCAUGCUUGGAAUAAAAAAAAGCUAACACAGUCCAUUUGUAAAAAGACUGACUGGCCACAAUAGACACAUUUUUUACUUAAACAACUCUCCUAAAUUCAGUGUGGAACUUUGUGAUUGUGGCUGGGGAAAACUGAAACCUCAAAGGAAUUAAUUAAAUAUGGAAUUUACACCUUGAAGAAAAUAGUCCACAUGUCUUGUUUCCACUGUGGCCAUGAUUUGGAUUUUUUUACUAAAGUCUUGAAUCAUGAAAAGAAAAUAGAGAGAGAGAGAGCAACAAACCCAAACAAAACAGAACAAAAUCUGGGCACUAAGAGAUCUUGCAGUAUCAAGCCAAUGCAAACAGACUGCAACUGAGUACCCUUGGUCAGAUUAUAAUGGCACAAUCAGGUUGCCAGGGCCCAUGCCAGCAAGGGGGGGCCAGACUCUGAGCUCUGCUUUAAAAUGUGUACCUGUGAUCUAAGGGUUUAGUACGGAAACAAAUCCAUUCAGAGAAAAUGAAGCCAGACCUUCUCAGAAUGAAGGAAGUUGCAUUGAUUUAUCUUGACAGGAGUGGUGGCCUUCAGAAAUUUGUGAAUGCCUGCAAAUUAUACAAUGAUUCAAAGCAAAGUUAUGCCAUUUUCCGGUUUCCUAUAUUGAUAAAUCCAUCUGAUAUUAUUGAGUUGGAUGCUACCCUUGGAAAUUACAUUUUGCAUAAACCUGUUAAGGCCACUCAGAUUUUUCAGUCUGUGUGUUUUACAGCAGUUAAAACACUGUCACUUAUUCAGCAGCUACAGACUGAAGCUCAGAUGAGCAUAGUGCUGAAACUAACACAUUUACCUUCCCUGCCCAGUUAUAUUUUCAGUCUUUGCAAAUUUCCAUUUGAUUAUACUUCUCAGAGAUUUUAUAUGGCAGAGGGAAUAGUUGUUGCAAUGUCCACUGUAACAAAAUAUACACAAGGAGCAAGAUUUGUUUGUUGUGAUGAAAACUGUGCGUUUUCUGAAGGAUUUCAGUAUAUAAGAGUACAUACACCUGGAGCGACAGAAUCUGCAACAGUGAGAAACAAUUUUGUGUGCACUUUGUGUACUUCACCACUGCGGGAAGAUAUGAAAUACAGAGUACUUGGUGAUAAGCAGAUUAUUGAAAUAGUUGAUGCUAAAGCAAUUAGUGCUUUUCAAGGAUUUUCCAGCAGUAAAACCCCUUUCAGAUUUCAAUCUUUCACAGUUUUUCUAAGAGAUGAACUAACUAAUAAAAUGGAAAUAGGAAACAGGUAUAAAGUUAUAGGAAUUCCAGUCUGUAUGCCAAGCUGCAUACAAAUCACACUUUGCCUGGAAGCCAACAGUAUACAUCUCUGUAAUCUCACAGGCCCUUCCCAGAUCAGUGAAAAAUUUAAGUAUCUACUUUCUUUGACUUCAAAGUCGUGUUGGAGAUUUACAGCUCUUCUGGCCAAUAGUUUUGCUUCACAAGUACUUCCACCAGGCAUUAACAACACUCUCAAACUAGUUAUAUUGUUAAGUCUAGUACAGACAAGUGACAGAAAUGACUUAACAGCAGAUUACCUGGAUAUUUUGGUAUUGACGAAUGAUUCACUAAUAUUAGAGAGAGUUAUGAAUUACAGCAUUAGUCUUGUUCCACGGGGCCUACGGCAUAUUCCAUCUGGUGAAGUUUUUCCUACUGUGUCCAAAGAUAAGCAUGGAACUAGAACUGCAAGCAUUCAGGCUAAUAGUGCUUUGCUGGCCAAAGGGGGAGUAUGCUUCAUUGGAGAAUUAUCUUCGCAUAGGAAGGAUAAGCUUGAACAGUUGCAGUCAGUACUUGAAGGAAGAACAACUACUAUAUUCAUCCCUGGAAAGAAAUAUGGAGAAGAAAUUGAUCAGCAGGUUACCCUUCCAAUUCAAACCAGUUUUUGGUCAUUUAUUGAUGUGGAUGCUUCUUGCAAAAAGCAUAUUCAAGGAGAUAAUACUCUAAUAGGCCAAAUGGAUUUAAGCUUUAUUUCAGCUAACGUUAUAGAUGCUUUUUGGCUUCUGAUACACUGCAAUGAAUCAGCAUUUUCCAAUCCAGUUCUUCCUGUUGUGAAUCUCCUUUUAAAAAAGGCCAUCAAUCCAGAAGAUGCAGUCUAUGCUAUCUCCAAACAGUUUGGAACACAAGAUUAUGAGGAGUUCCUUGCUUUCUCCAAAAAUUUGCAUGUGGAACUCUGUUCAGAAGCGGAAAGGCUGAUUCACGGUUACUACUUAGCAAGUCGCAGAAUCAGAACACAUCCUGUUCAUGGAUCAAAUCUCUCAGCAACUGCACUGAAUAUCUUGAUUUCACUGUCUAAAGCACAUGCUAAGCUGAGUUUAAGAACAGAAGUACUUGAAGAAGAUGUUUUGAUUGCUGUAUUACUAUUUGAAUCAUCUCUCACUUUAAAAUACGGUGCUUCUGUGUUUUGUGUGGCCCCAAAUGCUGUGUUUCCAUUUGAACUCAAUAGUGAAAACUCUCUGAAUCAAAGGGAUAUUUACUUGAUGCAGUGCCAUCAACAGUUGAAACAAUUUGUUGCUACAUAUGGACCUGCAACAGAUGUUCUUAUUAGCGAAGAUUAGUUUAUCUUCAAAAUGAGGUCUAUUUUUAAAAAUAAACUUGAAUGUGUAAAUAGUUGUAAGAUCAAUUCAUGUAGUUCUUAAUGUCUGUCAUACAUACAUUUUGAGAGUCAGCAAAACUGAUUUCCCCAUUGUCACAUUAGAACAUUGGAAAUAUGAAGGAUGCAAUGCUUGGUCACAGAAUUCUACUAUUUCAGACAUUGCUUUUCCUUUCUAGUCUUGCAUUUCUCAGGGCGGGGAGGAACAGAGGAAGAAAACAUUUUCCAUUUUGUGAAAAGAGAUGUAUGACAUUGGUUCCUGUUAUAGCCUCCCAAAUUUCAUGAAAAAAUAAGAGCAGCUUUUACUAUGCAUGUCUUAAAUGGAGUGUAAUUCAACUCACUAUUGCUAUAUAGACUAUGUGGGAAAAUAGUCUCUUAAAUAUAUUAUUAUUACUAUUAUUAAUAAUUUUU